AUGUAUGUAGCCAAAGAUGCAGUUACCUGCAAUGAGUCACUGACUUCUGAUCUGAGGGAUGACCAGUUUUCUGCCUCCUCUGUAUACAGCACUGAUUAUAAUGCAAGCUCUGCAAAAUUUGAAAAAGGAGGCUGGGUUGCUGGUGAAAAUAAUGUCCACCAGUAUUUACAGAUUGAUUUAGAAGGACUCUGGGAAAUAACAAGUAUUAAGACACAGGAUGUUGACCAAUGGUACUGGCACACCACUCAAGCAUUCAGAAUAUUUCACAGCAAAGAUGGAUUAAUAUGGACUGCAUACAAUACGUACCUGUCAGAUGAAAUACUUGGCGAGACAUUCAACAGACAGGACAAGGUCACAAAGAUUCAGUUUAAUCCGACGAUAAAGACUCGAUUUAUCGCAUUUAACCCUGUUGAAUACAGAUGGAGCCCGUCAAUGCGAGUGGAACUAUAUGGAUGUAAAAGAAAUGAUGUGGCAUCCAACAAUAUUUCAACAAUAAUAGGAACUAAUAUCGAGUAUGACACAGUUUGGAUUCCUAGUCAAAGUCCAGUUAUAAUAGAUCGACAUAUUAGUAUUAGACCGUUGGUUACAUUGACGAUACAGGCAGGCGUGUCUGUCAUCUUCACGUCAUCAGAAGCUGGCAUUGACGUUUAUGGAACACUAAGAGUGAAUGGAAUAGAAGCUGUUGAAACCAUUUUUACAUCCUCGUUUCCUGUUACAUCAAAGAAAGAACAGUGGAAAGGUAUUUCCCAUCAACCUGGAGGCAACAUUAGUUUUUGUAAUGCUGUCAUCCGACAGGCAACCACUGGUAUCCAAGGAGACAGUAUUGGAAUACAUUUAAGUCACAGUAUCAUCUAUGCUUGUGAUACAGGAAUACAACUAUCUGGAGGAACACAAAGUAACGCUACAAGUAAACACGAAAUAUCUGUUUCUAAAUUUGCGAUAUUGCACACAAGAAGUGUUCACAACACAUACGGCAUCCGUUUACACGGUAAUGAGCAAAGGCCACAUAUCUACAUAGAUCAGUCGGAAUUCAGUUUCAACGACAAGCACGGUUUGGUUAUCGAAAAUUGGAAUGAUGCGUCAUCCACUGACACAGUAUUACAUCUUUAUAAUUCUAAAUUAAAUGACAAUUAUAAAAGCGGUCUUUUUUCUUCUAGUGCAUAUACAAAACUUAUACUUUCCCUUGUGAUACACAAUUCGUUUUUUUCUAAGAAUGGAGAAAAUGGCUUGUAUAUACAUAGCAGAUAUUAUGAGCCAUCAGCAAUCUUUGAUAUAUCAUAUUCCGAUUUUGUAGAAAAUGGAUACAAUGGCGUAGAAUACACAGAACAAAAUAACGAAUUGUUCUGUAAAUACCCUGAUAAACCUUGCUGA